AUGGUUUGUCGUUCACGUGGUGUAAAUGCUGGUAAGCGUAAGGAUACAAUAGACAAUUUCCGAAGCCGGCAAGGAUAAGGCCGUAAUCGACUAUUGUUUAUCACUUUUAUGAACUCUUCGCUUCAAAGAACAUUUAGAUUUUAUAAUUUUAUUUUCUGAUUCUUAUUAUUAUUAUGUCCUGGCAAACGUACGUUGAUGAUCAGAUCUGCUCUCGUGUCCAAUGCAGAAUAGCAGUAAUUGCAGGGCUUGGUGAUGGAGGAAUUUGGGCAAAGCGAGAAAAUGAUCAAAACUUGCAGAUAACUCCUAGUGAAGUAAAGCUGAUUAUAGACACAAUGAAGUCCAAUCCAGCAGCAUUCCAUGAGACUGGUAUCCAUAUUGGUGGAGAAAAAUACAUUUGUUUGUCUGCAGAAAGUACCCUGCUUCGGGGUAGAAAAGGAAGUUCCACACUUUGUAUAGUUGCCACAGAAAAGUGUUUGCUUGCAGCAGCUAGUUCAGAUGGAGUACCAGGUUGCCAGAUCAACUUAGUUGUUGAAAAAUUAGGGGACUACUUGAGAUUUUCUGGUUAUUGAGUAUUUCAAUUUUCCUAGAGCACAUACACUUCCACUUUCUGUCAACUCUUCAAGCACAAACUGUUGGUUUCUUCAGUAACACUUGUAUUACAUAACAGCAACUUCCUUUUUUCUUCGGUACUUAUGUGGGUUGAGUUUUGAACAUAGAAUGUUUGCUAGUCACAGUACCAGUGAUUGGAAGAAUUGUUAAUAAGUGGUCCACAAAUUUGUCUUUUCCAGAGAUAUUGUAUGGAUUACAUCAUGUUUCGGUAAUUGAUUCUACAGCAUAUUGUACCACUUCAUUGAAAACUUCCUAGUUUCAGAAGAAAUUAGGUUCCUCUGUAGCUGAUUACAAUCAACUACCAUGGAAUAUUUCAACUAAAUCUUUUCUUUUCCUUAAAGUCAAAUCUCGGCAGUUCUUUUAUUAUUAUUAUUAUUUUUUUUUUACUUUUGCUUGUUAUCAUGUUGAUGUUACUUUUAUAAUUUUUGAUGAAAUAUGAAAAAUUAUCCAUGCAGCUAAAUGCAGCUUAACUUUCUUUAAUCUUAAAAAAAUGUUUUAGUUCAAAACGUAAACAGCUUCAGUUUGUAUGUUGUUUUAAUGUGCAUAAUAUAUUCCUUGUGCCAAGGGUUACUAUCUUAAUUCUUAUUUGACUACCUUGUACAGUAUUUGGUAUCAAGCUUUCUGGUUAACACAAUAUAAUAAAUCGUCAUUCCAGUGAG